CGCGUUUCGCAUGUGACACCACUACAACAUGGCAUGAAAAGAAAAAUGUCUUAAUGAAAACAGAGUAAUUGCUAUGGUUAAUUUUGUGUAAAUUGUGAUGGAUUUUAUCGUGAAAAUGUGUACAGAUAAAUGUUUAGCUUAGUUUCUUUAAUUUGUGCCGUUUACAAUUUAGUAAAGCACUACAUGAAAAGAAUGGCUGAAAAAUGCAUUUCAACCAUAAAAGAAUCUUCAGUUAUAUGCGAUCGACUGUAUGCGAACACAAAAGAAUCGAUAGUAUCAGAUGAAACAACACCAAGAUGCGAUCAAAAAUGUGAUAGCAGUUGCAGCGGUACACCGAGUACCACCACCGUUCCACCCAUUAUGCAUAUAGCUCUGCACGAUGCAAUCACCAAUCUCAACGAUACCACAUCGCCGGAUAUUUCAUAUGCGCGUAAUACACCAUCAACAAUGGUGCAUUACAUGUCGGAUGAGUGUGAAGCGAAAAAUGGUCAGGCGUUCGCAAAUUGCGAGAAAGUUGAUGUGUAUUUAGAAACACCUGUUGUCGAUGAUAACAACGAAUCGUUCGGGGCCAGUACAACAACAAACACAACCAAUGCAGCCAGCAAACAUUCAAUUAACAUUGUACCGAAACGAUUGAGCGACGAAUUUUAUUCGGCCGAUGAUUGUUAUUCGGACAAUGAGGAUGUGAGAAGUUCAGUUACGCUGAUCGAAUACAACGAUAGUUUGGUGCAGGUAGAUGAGAAAUCAAUUACACCAAAUUCGAAUGUUGAAAGUUCAGCGGAAAUGUCACGAUUUGAAGAGAACAGCAUCGACAAUAUCAUCGAUUCCACAUACAAUGAAGAUGAAAUAUCGUCGUGCAGUAAUUUAAUCGAUAUACGCAACGAUCACGACGAGUCAUCGCCUCAUUCAACGGCUUCGCCGGGUAUCCAAGAUAAUGGCGAAGAGGCGAAUCACGGCGAUGAACAUCUUAUGGAUAAUGUCAUUUACUAUGACAGUGAGAUGCAGUCAGUCGAUGGUGUAGAUCGUAAACAAUUCGAAUUGAAGGAGAAACUUGCGGACGCAAUGAUUUUACGGACUGGCUCAUUGGUGUCCGGUGAUAAUAGACUGAAUAUAGGGCUGUUAAAUACAUUUUCACAGAAAAUCGAUCAGGAUUGUUCGCCUGUUGAUGAAUUAAACAUUGACCAAAAUAGCAUAUCGACCACGCCGACCAGCAGCCGAACGAAAACGAUGCGUUUUGGUAAUGCCAAGACAACUGCCAAAUUAAAUUUAUCGGAAAGUUUGGAGAAACUGGAUGUGGCUGAUAAGCAAGCGUUAAGUGAAUCUGAUUAUAUAAAUAAGACUAGGAAUAGUGUUGAAAACAACAGCAGUAAGCUGGGUGGUACCGACGGCGAUCAAUCACCCAUUCGAAUCAAAUUGUUGCAGCAACACUCUCAAAUGGAUUCGUUUUUGAAUUCAAAUUCGAACGACAGUCUGCUGUCGUAUCAAUUUUCGGAGAAGAAGUGCGGCAACAACAGUGAAUCCAGUCAAUCGACCACAGCUACACAAACCUCAUCCAGUACAACCAAUAAUUGUGAUGAAAAUCUAACUUCCAAUCAUCUUGCCAUAGCAUCGACAUCGAAAGCAGCUCAGUCGUCUGAUAGUUCAGAUUGUACGGUGUCCAAUUCAAAUGAAAUGGAUGACGUCACCAAAGGCUGUUCGGUGGACAAUUGUAUGAUGAUCGACGAUGAAAGCGGAAUCAAGCAAGAGGUCAUCGAAGAAGAGAUUGUGAUCGCUGACAACGACUCAAAGCAACCGUUCGACUUGAAUUUGCCGUCGUCAUCAUCGUCGCAAAGAAUGUCCCUGGUUAACAAUCAACAAAUCGAUGAAACUAACUUCGAUCAAUCGCAUGCACUGAUGGGACUGGAAAACGAUCACGAUUACGAGGAGGAUACAUGGGCCGACUGUGAAGAAAUGUCAGAUGUUGAAGAAGUGUGCACGUGUCGAGAUUAUUCCGAUGAAGAUAUUCACGGGAACAGUGAAGACGAGUUGCCUAGUCGCGAUGUUGAUCUUUCAUACUAUGCACAUUUAGAUACACUUUCUGAAGACAUUCUGCCAGAGAAUGCGAACGGAGAUUCAACGCCAAAAAAUCAACGAAAACGAAAAUUGACCGACACAUUAUCACACGAUGGAUCAACGUGUGGUGAUGGUACGCCCGGAAAUCGUAAACGUUUAGCUUUAGAUAGUGUUACAUCACCGAAAGUACUAUUAACACCAACUACACCUACGCUUAUAGCUACUAGUCCAACGACACAUGGCUUAGUUUUAUCCGAUAAACGAACACCGCGAUUACUUAUACCAACCAGAGAUCAUCCACCUCCAGAACUGUCGGAUUGGUUGUUACAAUUCCAACGAUGGACGAACGCUGAACGAUUGCUAGCCGUCGAUCAGCUGAUCGAACAUUGUGAACCGACACAAGUGCGACAUAUGAUGAAAGUUAUCGAGCCACAUUUUCAAAGAGAUUUCAUUUCGCUGUUGCCGAGGGAAUUGGCACUCCACGUACUGUCUUAUUUGGAACCAAAGGUUUUAUUAAGAGCUGCUCAAACGUGCCGGAGUUGGAGAUUCCUUUGCGACGAUAAUUUGCUGUGGAAAGAGAAGUGCAAGAAAACUGCGAUUGUUAUCGAACCCACAACCGAUCGACCGAAAAGAGGUCGAGCUGGUAAUAUGCCACCGAUAUCUUCGCAGUGGAAGGCCGCCUAUAUGCGACAACAUAUUAUCGAAAUGAAUUGGCGAACGCGCCCAAUACGCGAGCCGAAGGUGCUUAAGGGGCAUGAUGAUCAUGUCAUCACUUGUUUGCAAUUUUGCGGGAACAGAAUUGUCUCGGGUUCCGACGACAACACAUUAAAAGUAUGGUCAGCAGUGACCGGCAAGUGCCUUCGAACAUUAAGUGGUCAUACUGGUGGUGUUUGGUCUUCACAAAUGUCAGGUAGCACAAUAAUCUCGGGCAGUACGGAUCGUACAUUGAAAGUAUGGGAUGCAGAUUCUGGUCAAUGUAAACAUACGUUAUACGGUCAUACCUCAACAGUCCGGUGUAUGCAUUUACACGGCAAUAAAGUUGUUAGUGGAUCACGAGAUGCCACCCUUCGAGUGUGGGACAUAGUUCAGGGGAAAUUUUUGCAUAUAUUAGUCGGUCAUUUAGCAGCAGUACGUUGUGUGCAAUAUGAUGGAAAGCUGGUCGUUUCCGGUGCCUACGAUAACAUGGUCAAAGUGUGGAAUCCAGAGACCCAGGAAUGUCUACAUACCCUGCAAGGACAUACGAAUCGCGUGUAUUCGUUACAGUUCGAUGGUAUUCACGUUGUGUCCGGAUCGUUAGACACUUCUAUACGGGUCUGGGAUGCAGAGACCGGUAGCUGUAAGCAUAUCUUGAUGGGUCAUCAAAGUUUAACAUCUGGAAUGGAAUUGCGUCAAAAUAUCUUAGUAUCGGGUAAUGCUGAUUCGACCGUUAAAGUAUGGGAUAUUACGAAUGGACAGUGCUUGCAAACCCUAUCCGGUCCAAACAAGCACCAAUCAGCUGUGACAUGUUUACAAUUCAACUCCCGUUUCGUAAUCACAAGUUCGGAUGAUGGUACCGUUAAAUUGUGGGAUGUCAAAACUGGUGAAUUUAUUCGAAAUUUGGUGUCAUUGGAUUCGGGUGGAUCGGGUGGUGUCGUUUGGCGAAUAAGAGCCAACGAUACAAAGUUGAUAUGCGCUGUCGGUUCACGGAAUGGUACAGAAGAAACGAAGCUUAUGGUAUUGGACUUUGAUGUAGAAGGUGCCUGCCUUAAAUGCUCGUAAAUUUAAUCAAUUACUUUAUAGGUAAAAUACAAAAUUAAUUAUAAUUUAGGCAUAAAAAGCUAAUUGAAAAGAAAAAGAAAAAAAACACGAAAAAAUGGGGUGACGAGUGCAGAGAAUAAUCUCUGAAUAACAAUUUUGAAAAACAAAGAAUUGAAGAAGAGAAGGAAGAAGAGGAAAUCAUUUUUUUAUUAAUUCAAUGCGAUAAAUUUUUGUGUUUAAUGUUUCGAUUUUUGGUUUUUUUAAAAAAAAUUUUUCUUCGGAAUUAUUGAGCAAAAAAACUGCGCUGAAAUCAUUCAUUUUGUUUUACUUCCGAUUCUCUUUUUGGGUUCAUUCAAUUUUCUUUUUCUAUUUUUAAAAUUAAAUUUAAGUAGACGGAAAUUUGAUUAAUUUUAUUUUUUGUUUUUCUAAUUAUUUGUUUUGUACAUACAAUUAUUGGGUAUGAAAAUUCUUUAAUUUCUUUUUUGUAGUUAGUUCAAUUUUUCUUUUGAAAGACCAUUCAUAUAGAUCGUAUAUAUUGUUUCAGUUAAAUUGAAGUUUUUAUUUUUUAUCUUUGUGAAAUUUAUUGUACCCGGUUAAAACCUGUUCAGAAACGGUGGCUAAGCGUCGGUUAUAUUGAUAACGAUGUCAAGAAUAGCCGAUGAGCUCUGGCAUAGUUUCUAAGAGGUUAAGAAAAGAACUAUUCCAUUUGUAAGCCAUUUGUACUCUACGGUGAUUUAUGGCUGCGGUUUCUUCAAAUCGCCGAAUUACUGCUUCACAAAAUUAAUACACAAGCUACAUGCGUCGAAAACUGUACUUUUCAUGUUUCAAGCACUACUUUCAACGCCCUCAGCAGGUCAAAUCCAUUACAUAACUCGGGAUAAAAAUGAAAAGCCUCGUUUUGGUGUGUUUAUUAACCUCGGCUUCGCCUCGGAUCAACAAAAUUCACACGAAAACUCUACUUUUCACCUCGGUCAUGAAAAAACACUUGCAUUGAGCAUUGAGUACCAAAAAACAAAUUCAUCGAUAACAGACAGUUUCUGAAACGUUAAUACAGAGAUGUUUUGCAUCGUGAGUCCGUACUAUUAGACCACGUCGGCCGGUCAACAAUGUUUCAGUAAAAAUCACAGCAAUUAACAAAUUCCAUAAGAUUCGUUAAAAGAAUCAUCAAGGUGUAAAUUCAGAAGGAACUUCUUAGGAAUUUUUAAGAAUUAAAUUCCUAAAAAAGGUCUUGCUUCAAUCAGACUGAUCAUCCAAAUUAUUAAUGAUUUGACUUUACACCGAGGUUGUUAUCAUGAAAAAAUGCUCGUCACGAAUAACUAUUGUGACUAGAAAAUUUUCAAAAAAUAGAAAUCGCUUUCUUGCGAUGAGAGAUUUUUAAUUGUCUGGGACACAGGCGUAUUAGAUUAUGCUGUUCCUUAGUCCAUUUUU